AUGCUAGUCGGUCGCUCCAAACUGUCCGGCGCACAACAGAGCUGGAGACCAGCAGUUUGCGGUGUGCUGGAGUUCGGAAUGCGCAAACAGGGCGAAUUAUUUGUUCUGUUGAUCCAAUAUCUUCCACCCUUCACUGCCAUGGCGGCGUCCCAUGCUGCACCUAAUGUAGAGUCCAAACCCUAUCAGCGAUCCGCCGUGUCCGGGACGUGUACCAACAACCCAGCCGGAUUGCCGGAUGGCGGUAUCCUGCUGAAUCUUCCGGCGCUUCUUCUUCGUGCUCGUCCGAAGCUAUUAAAAGACAACAACCGACUAUUUCCCGAGGAGAAGUGUAUUACCCCAAGAAUCGUGAUGUCGUUCGGAGACAGAGCACAAGCAGCGAGCGAGAGCAGAUGGAUGGCUCUGAGGACACCAGCUAACAUGGCUUCGUCAAGUGCUGGUCCAAAGUAUGAGUCCUACCCUCCGAUGCAAAGGCUACAGAGGCAUUCUGCAGACUCCUUAAGCACUUCAAGCUGCCCCAAUAGCCGGUAUUCGAGCCAGCUCAUCAGGACACCGGCGCUCUAUUACGGCUGCGUGGGCCCUCGGAACCAAGUGGUAGCCGAGCAAAGUCGCGUGAUGGUCCAACACCCGACGGCCUUUCGGUACGCCACCAGCAAUACGCCAGUCUUGGUUGUGCCCCAGGUCUCGCAUCGGAAGACGGUCUCCACCAUGGAUUCCACGAUCGUGCAACGAGGCCCGGCGGAGUGGGCAUUCCAACGUGCCUCAAGAGGGCCUGAUGUCGAACAAGAUGUGUUUAAUCAACCUCAUAACCCGAUCGACCACGACCGCCCAACGAACCUCAGGAUUACGACGGAAUUCGGUUCAUCAAGAGCAAGAUCAGCUACCGAGUCAGGCCAUCAACACGGGCUGCCGGAAUCAUUCAGAAUCUUGAUCACUAAGAACUUCGAUCUAUUUUACUUUAUCAGCCUUCCCGAAGGCAUCCUUGCCGCUUCCAUAGUCGACAAGAUCUUUGCACGGUAUGAAAUCCCGCAACAGGAACGAUCCAGUUGGAGUAUCUUUCGCGUGAGCGGAGUUCAGCCAGUGGGCCACGCCCUCGAUCCACUGGAGAUGUGGCAAGAAUGUCUUGCAGGGUUAGCGGCAGAUCGCGAGAAAGUGUUGAUGUUCAUCAUCCUUCCUUCAAGCUCCAACCCCGAGCUCAUGUCCAGUCAUCUCGGAGGCCUACUCAACUCGACUGACUGUCCGCCUGAAUAUGAGGAGACUAUACCGUCGGCCUCCCAAGUCUUUAGUCCCGAGCACCCCCUCUCCGGGCUGUCAUCCGCGCCCCAGCCGCACGGGUUGGAGGAAAUCCACGCCGAUCUCGCCGAACAGCCACAUCCGGAUCCAGCAUGCACGGAUGAAGUCCAAAGCCCAAGGGAUGCGCCUCCGCGAGGGGACAUCGGCCGAAGAGUGAGCUUCAUCCACGCCGAGCAUGUCCCUUCUAUCCGCAACUAUCCGGUCACACCCCCGAUCAGAAUAUCUGAGCUGGAAUCUUCGCCUGGAGGUGAUCGAGGAGCCUUCUCUUCCCAACAAGGCUCUAGUCGGUGGCUCCCUUGGCACAGUCCGCCCUUUGGGUCGUUGGAUUACUCGGUCAACGAGAACGGCCCGGAAAGUCCCUUUCAGUAUGCCGGUAGCUUGUCACCUGGUCAUUCUCAGCGGCCAGACUCAUCUCACCUUUCCGAAUCAUCUUCUGACCGUAUUUUGCAACCACUUUAUCCGAGAAAGCCUGGUUCCCAGUCUGCUUUACAGCUGUUUCCUGCGACCCAUGCAGCCCUCGACAAUCAAAACAAGAGUUCGAGCAAGGUGGCAUGCCAAACUCAAUGCAGAUCCGACAUGGGGUCGGAUAAAUCAUCAGCGCCAAUGGAGAGGAGUGAACCGAUUGAAGUCGACCAUUCGAUCCGCUCUUCUCCUGCUCCUCCUGAUUUAGAAUUGUCGUCAAGCAAACAGACCUCAACGGAUAGCAGUCAAUCAAAUCUUGGCGGUCCUUCAUCCGGAGAGUACGAGGAAGAGGAAGGUAACUUGAGCGAUGGCAAAGAGUCCUUCUCAACCUGCCCAUUGAGUGAUUUCCCGCCCCUCCAGGAAAAUGGUCAAGCUGAAGAUUCAAACACCAGCCAAACUGAUCGCUCCGAGACGUCGGAGCCUGAUCCGAACAGCAACGUGACGUGGUUGGAUGAGCUUCUUGCAGACGCAUUCAGCUCCAAACUUGAUGAUGCUAUCGAAGAUACAUUUUUCAGCCCCCGCACCGAAGUGAACACCAUUACGCCUUCGUCAUCAGCUGAAGAUCUGAGUGAUGAAUCUCUUCUCGAGAAUCCCAGCGCAACGACUCCAGAAAUCCGGCCUUCAGAUAGCCAAUUAAAUCAUCCUUCCCUUGAUUCCACUCCAGAUUGCCCCACCGAGGUCAUUGGCAAUGUUAAGGAGGACGGUGAUGGUUUUCCAUAUUUCGAAGCCGGAUCAGAAGACGACCUGGUUUCGGAUGGCUUCCAGGUCCCAAUGAAGAGUGGCACAGUAAUAGAAAGGGACUAUGGUGCGCAUGAGGCCCACCUCCCACCGUACGAUAGCGCCGGUCACGAUCAACGGACCAAGCAACCUCCCACAGAAUCCGAACCAGAGGAACCUGAACAGACCGUGAGGAAGGCUCGAUCCGAAGAGAACAUUUUUGCGGAUCGACGUUGCUGGGCCACACGACCAAACAUUGAGAAAGUGUGCGACCACCUAGAGACGUCCUUCCCAAACCACAACAUCGACCAGCCGAUCGUCCGCAUCUUGAAGCAUCCGCAAAAUAGCCAUCAAUGCCAAAAACAAUCUUCCUCACAACGUGUCUCGAGGGUUCUGUCCAUCAGAUCGACUGUGAGCUCACGAAAACAGAGACGCCAUCAACCCAGCCUUGCACCCAGCCUUGCAACGGUGGACUCUCCACGAGCCACUCAUCUGCCGGAAUCCCCAGUUGGAUCCAAUGAGGUCCCUCUAUACUCUUCUCCCCGAAACAGCAUCAAAUUGUGGGGGUUCAAGACAGAGGAAAUCUUACCCGGGAGCCAGGCAGAAGUCGCUCCCGAUCCUUCCGGUCAAGAAAGUCCCUUUGCGUCUCAGAAAUGGGUCAAGGGGAAGCUGAUAGGAAGUGGAAGCUUCGGAAGGGUUUACUUGGCUCUUAAUCUUACUAACCAGGCAAUGAUGGCUGUGAAGCAAGUCAAAACCGGAGACCGGAACUCCAACAGACCGUCCGUUAAACCAGCCUUAGAAUCAAUCAAGUUAGAGAUACGUUUCUUGAAGGAUUUGGAACACCCCAGUAUCGUCCAAUAUUUAGGAUUCGAAGACACUCCGGAGCAUUGCAAUAUAUUUCUUGAAUAUGUCGAGGGCGGAUCGAUUGGAAGCUGUGUCGGUAAACAUGGGAAAUUAGAACGGGAUGUGGUCAAGUCGUUUACGAAGCAAAUUCUGGAGGGACUUGCAUAUCUCCACAGUUGCAACAUUAUGCACCGAGACCUCAAAGCUGACAACGUGUUGGUGGACUUGAUGGGGAGAUGCAAGAUCUCGGACUUCGGGAUCUCGAAACGGUCGCACGAGGCCUAUCAGACCUCCCAGUACACGCCCAUGCAAGGCACCGUAUUUUCCAUGGCUCCGGAGGUCUUCGAUCAGAAGAUGGGCUGCCGCUAUAGCGCCAAGGCUGACAUCUGGUCCUUGGGCUGUCUUGUUUUGGAAAUGCUUUGUGGAUCGCGAGCCUGGCAUGGCUUAGGCUGUCUGCAAAUCAUUUACAAGGUCGGCAUCGAGAGACGUACACCGGAAAUCCCUCAGGAGCUCCAAACCUGCAAGUUUCAAAGCCACUUCUUGAAAAAAUGCCUGGAGAUUCAGCCCUCUUCGCGACCAACUGCUCGUAGACUCAUCGACCACCUCUUCGUCGAGCUUGACCCUGAGUGGGACUUUCAAAAAUCUGAACUGUUUAAGGUGCUUUGA